GAUUGGUUGGCAGAGUGUGCGCAGGGGCAAACGCCCAGCCUGGCCAACAGUGGCAGAUGGGAUGGCUGAGCCUGCGACUAGACUUUUCCCCCAUUGGCUGAUGGGUCAGUGUCACGUGGCAUGAAGCGGCUCUCUAUUGGUCGAGAAUGAUACCACGGGGUCCAAAAGCACGGGCUGGUUGGCUGGAAUGAAUCCCAGCUUCCUACUAGGUGCCCCGGCUGGCUGUUGCUAUGAAGUGUCCCCGGGCCUUCUGGCUGCUGCUUGGGGAUCCGCUCUCCCGGUUUUCCAAGCGCCCGUAGCUGACAGGGCGUGGGAAGAGCUCGACUUUUAUCAAGCACUGAAGAAGGGCGGGGCUGGGGAAGGUGGGCGGGACCCCCGACGAUAUCACAGAGCUUGGGCCCGGCUUCCGCGGUCUCUGGCCUUCGCCGCCUCGGGCAGUGGGCCGGAUGGGGUUAAAAGCCCGGAGAUUGCUCUUGCCCCUCCAACAUCUCGUCUCCGCCAAAUUCUGAACGUGGCGUUCUCAGGUAGAAACGGGUCCUGUCGCAGGAGGAAGAACUGCGCGUGCUCAUUCGUGACCGGCACCUUCAUCGAGAAAUACGACCCCACCAUCGAGGACUUCUACCGCAAGGAGAUCGAGGUGGACUCGUCGCCGUCGGUGCUGGAGAUCCUGGACACGGCGGGCACCGAGCAGUUCGCGUCCAUGCGGGACCUGUACAUCAAGAACGGCCAGGGCUUCAUCCUCGUCUACAGCCUCGUCAACCAGCAGAGCUUCCAGGACAUCAAGCCAAUGCGGGACCAGAUCAUCCGAGUGAAGCGGUAUGAGAAAGUGCCAGUCAUCUUGGUCGGGAACAAAGUAGACCUGGAAAGUGAGAGAGAAGUGUCCUCCAAUGAAGGCAGAGCCCUUGCGGAAGAGUGGGGCUGCCCCUUCAUGGAGACGUCGGCCAAGAGUAAAACAAUGGUGGACGAACUCUUUGCAGAAAUUGUGAGGCAAAUGAACUAUGCCGCGCAGCCUGACAAGGAUGACCCGUGCUGCUCUGCAUGUAACAUCCAGUAGCGUUCACACGUGGCUGUCCUGGUCACGAGCUGCGCUGAAUCGUAGGCGCUGCCGACCUCGUCUGCUCAGCGGUGGAGCUUGCAGGAUGUGUGGUGUGACUCUCCAGUGAAACAGCAGGCCUUGUUCAGAGUGCAGCAGUGAUGGUCAGCUGCUGUCACUGAGUAACGUGUGGGUUCGGUAACUCCAGUCUUCACCGUCGUCCUCAGUCUCCUCUAGGCACCUGCAGCUUCAGGCGUCGCCAAGUCGAUCUACAGGGUGUUCUCCUUUGAAGGCUGUCAUGGCAUCGUCACUGAGUUGACAGAAGCAACUGUGGUGUAUGUUAAAAAUAGUCACGGGCAAGAAACCAGAAGAAUUCCUGUGGCCACUUACCAUUAAAAUAUUUUGUCGUCUGUUAAAAAAGAAAAAAAAAAAAAAUUAAGUAAAGGAGAAAUAUUUUCCUACAAGAGUACUGAAUUUCAGGAACUGAGAUAGUGCUUCUAACCAAUGUAUCACGUCAAGUAAGAUAACAACAGCUGACCUGCCAACAGCAUUACAGGGAGAGAUUCUUUGCUCAGCUGACCUAUUUGUUUUUUUCAAAAUCGAUGCUUAAUUGUAGGUGUUAUCCUAAUUUGUGACACAGAACUAACUCACACAUCAGUCCUUGAUAGAGCAAAAGUCACAACAGGUUGUGUAAAAAUACAGCCUAGUGUUAGAAUGUUUCAUCACCUGCUUUGCCCAGAAAGUGGAGACUCUUACAAGGGUUUGAGCUGAAUUAAAACCCCAAACCCACCCUCUGUUAACUAAGCAGAGAUGGUCCUUAUUACUUUACUGAACGAGAAGGAAGCAACUGUGACGGAAAGAGAUUGUGUAGCCUUACUAACGAGAAGUGUUCUAGUAGAUUAACUAGUACCGUCAUGUAAGGAAAACGAAGCCAUGUUGCAUCCACAUGUUCCCGUUUGCAGAAACCUCACAGGACAGUACAGAUAUCUUGCAUUUUUACGUUCGUUAAAGCAGCAAAUUCCUUCUUGCCUUUAAGGGCUAUGGUUGUGGUGUGAUUCUUAGCUAACCUGCUUUCGAAAUCAAGUUUUCUAUAGCAGAGCUUUAUCACAGGCAUUUAAAAAAUUGAAUAACCAUGUGAAAUAAUUUGGGCUUAAAAGUAGAACAUAAAUUAUAGAGUGGAAGUUAAGAGACAAAAACAAACAAACAAAAAAAAAAAAAACCUUUAAUUUUCCUGGAGAAUUAUAUAAAGAUUUUCUUAUAACAAUUUUGCCCUGAUUACUGAAGUGGCAAAUAAAGCUAGAGUGAAUAUUUUGUUUUGAAAAGGUGCUCAAGUUCUGACAUUUUUGGUUUUCAUAGCCGUAAAGUAUUUAUCAUUUGCAUGACUAAAGGCACAUGAAAAACCUAUUCAUAAGUUUUACAAUCAAGUGCAGAAGGGUUUUCAACUAACUUCAGAGUUACAAAUGCUGAAGAGAGUAUCUUGAGCGGAUCCUCUGGAGAUAAAUUUGGCCUUCAGAACUGCAGUAUCACUGAGCCUGUGAUCUACAUACCGCCCCACAUUUUGUUGAUUUCACGCUCUUGUGCAAGUAAGCUCCGGUCUUAUGUGUGUAACUGAGCGAAGAGUGUAUGUUUGCGUGUGCACGUGUGUUUAUUGUUCCUACGAAUUUGGCACAAGUCAGAGAUAACUGCCUAUAAUGAGAACCUGUACUGCAGAAUAUAGUGUAUCAAAACCAUUUUUUUCUUUUAAAUUAUUUGUUUUUAUACAUUAUUGAAAUCAUUGGUAGCCCCCCAAGUGUUCGGUAGCCUGACAUUAAGUUAGAGGAGAGAAAAAUGGUGGAGAGUCCUUUUCAUAGAUGAGAAAACAGAGAUCUGUGGGUAAAACCAGGCCAUGGUUGGCAGAAGUCUUUGAAUUGUGAAUAUUUGCAUUCUUCAAGAUAGUUGUUUUUUUUUUUUUUUAUGAUCCCCAAUUCUGAAGCACCUUGUUUAUAGGACAGAAAGUUCUAACCAGUUUUAUUGAAAUAAAUUUCAUCACGUAAAAGGUGUUGUGACACAAUCACGAAGAGAAAUCAAAGAUUCAAGAAGUGUGAUUUUUAUCAACUGAAUUAGAAAUAUUUGUUAGCGCACUGUUUGAGUUUUGAAGCCUGUAACUUCUCAGAAUGAUUCUGUUUUUUAGAAUUCCAUAUUUGGUAGCAACUUAUGGCAACAGAUUACAUAUUAAAAACAUCUCUAAAGAUUCUACAGUUUUACAUUGUGGAUUGCUAUGCAGACAAGAAAAAUAAGUUAAAUGAUAUGAAAGGUAUGGCAAGAUAUAAGGUGGAAAAGGUUAUCUAAAAAUUGGGGUUUUAGUUAGACGUGUUUGUCGGACAGUAAGGUGGUUUUUUGCUGUAAAGAUGUUAAUAACCAAUUUGGCUGCCUGAUCAGUGUUUCCACCCAGCCCUGACUAUUUAGCGACAAAGCAUCAAAGAUA